ACUUGCCGUUCGUGACAACCUUGAAGGCCAAGAUCUAUGGCUUCAAGAUCAGGCUGGGUUUUUGUUGUUCGGCGCUGUUUAGUAAUGUACGUCUGACCGGACAUCAGUUAUAUCGCGUGUACAAUUUACAGGCGCACCGAGAAAGGGCAUUCCGUCAAGCUGAGAUUCACCUAAGCCCCGCAAUUUUUAAUGCGAGCGUCUCCUUCCGGAUACCUAAUUUUCGUUCUCAGUCAUUUAUCGCCAUGUUUCUAUUUGCUUUGCGUCAAUAUCUGAAGAUCUGUAUCGAGCGGAAGUCGUGUCUGUGCUGUUGCUUUCAAUUUAUGUCAUGAACCUUUUUUGCUAGGUCUAUGAGCUAUCUAAAGCAACCAGGAGUAUCUUGACCUGUGACAGCGUUGCACGAGUACGGCCAUCUUCUUUGUUGCCUCAUAAUUGUGCAAUGGAACAUGUGAUAGUUCCAAAAGUUAAGUGCCGAUUGUUCUGGAAGUAGUACAAUCAUCACGCCGUGUUUAGUACACACAACCAGGAUACUGACAUUGCUAAACCGUUAUUGCCUACAAUUAAUGCUUUUUUGGGAAGAAUGAAGCACGGCUGCAGCGGAAUCAAAAUUAAUUUCUCGGCGGCAACUGUUUUCGACAGAGUUGUCUCAUUAUGAAGAUGGAAUUAGACUAUUGUAGGGCUGAGUGCUUAACGUACUUGUUCUUCUGUGUUUGUUAAUGGUUACAUAGGCACGUUUGGAUGUGGACCUUACAACUGUUCUUUGGAUGUUAGUCGCUGCAUGCUUAUAAAAUUUUAAAGAACUCGAACUAUUCGCUGACUGAGCCGCAUCAAUAGGAACGACUAUAAGAGCACAAGACAUCGAAACGUUCAUCACGUCGGAGGUGGUAUGGCUAUGGCAAAAAAGCGGAAGUAGAUCCGGGAACUGUCGGACACUCAUAUGUUUACUAGUAGAAGCAAGUAACAGUCGAAACUGGAGAAACAAGCAAAAGGCAGGCCAAAUCGAGAGCCAUGACAGGCAGGCGAUCGAGAAACAGAUCUGAACUAACGAACGAACACAACAAGAGCAAACUGCAAAGGAAUAAAUGAACUGAGCCCAAGUGUUCGCUCGCAGAUAGCGAGGCGGCCCACGAAACUAAUGAGAUUAGAACUGAAGUAAAAGCUAAGAAAGUAUCCUUCUCUAUUACAACAGAAAUCGUAGCAAUCGUGCGAGAUGAAAGUAGAUCAUCAACACGAUGGAGUGUGAGUGGGGGGCUGUCGCAGCUGAACGAUAAUAAAGCACGACAGUUACCCAACAGGUUUAAUAGCAACGCCUGCUUCUGCCACAAUCUCGUACCAUAGCAGAUUUUGUCUGGAUAGCAGAAAUGAUACUAACAGCCGUAUAAAAGGUUAAGAAAUUCCAUUAAAGAUUCAGUGACAGAACUAACAGACGUCAAACGAGUGAAGAUGUUCGACCAUACAGAUGCAGAGCCUUUGCAGGCGGUAAGCAGGGCGGCGCUGAAAAAAAUCAUAUAUGCAUGAACUGAAAAACCGACAAAAAUAUGUCACAUGUCCUAGCGGUACGACGUAGAAACGUGACUGUUGAGCUAGGGACAAUAAUGAAAUUUGACUUGUAGCUCCGGCUUCGUAUCAAUCGAACGAGCAAAACUGUUUGGAAAAAGAAAAUCUCGUAAAAGUGGCAAAAUGAGAUAAAACACUGGCAUUGUCAGUAGAGGGCGCACAUGUCAUGCCAAAAUGUGCAAAGAAAUAAUUUGUGAGUAGUUUGUGGUUCGAUAAGGUGUCAUCGUGUACAUGCAGCGGAAUACAUAAAGCAACACGAAGCAGACGAGUGCCUGUUCUUUCGCACAAUUAUGAACGUGACACGGUGGAAUAUGCUUGCAAAUUGGUGUGCUAUAUUCGUGCUUGGGCUGGUCCAGGGUUUACUCGUUUUAUGUCAACGCGAAAAAAUUGUUCGACAGCGACGGUUUCUAGAGCCUCCCACAGAAGCCCCUUCAUCGCAUCCAUCGCCUUCAGCCGUUAGCUUUUUGGAUGAUCUACUCGAGGAUUACGAUCGGCGGGUUACCCCCGGAGAGUUUUUGAGCCAUCUUCGUGAGCUGGACCCGGACUUUCCUUUCGCUGGUGGCACAACACAUGUCAACGUCGAGUUACUUAUCCGCUCAUUUGGUGCAGUUAAUGCCGAUACUAUGGACUACGAUGCAGAACUGUAUCUUCGUCAAAGCUGGGACGAUUUUCGGUUCCACAGAGGACAACUACCGCACGACCACAACAACUUCCAUCUUGACCUCAACGACGCCGACAUUAUUAAAGCGGUUUGGAAACCAGACACUUACUUCCCGAACGCUAAACAAGGAGAGUUUCAUUACGUUGCAGUACCAAACGUUUUGCUCCGCAUCGGCCCCAAAGGACGCGUCCUUUACGUUCUCAGAUUAAAACUACGUUUCUCGUGUAUGAUGGAUCUCACAAGCUACCCACUGGAUACGCAGGAGUGCUACAUUGAACUUGCCUCAUUUGCUCGCACCAAAAAUGACGUUCUUCUUCGCUGGAACGAUACGAAGCCUUUAAGUUUUAACCAUGGCAUCCGGAUGGCGAAUUUUAAACUUGAGCAUGCGCAGUACCUAGACGCAUGCGUCCGAACGACAACGCUGCUCCAUAAUGCGCCAGAGCAUGAGCGUUCCUGCCUUUCCGUGCGAUUAUCACUCCGACGAGCUUUCGGACAUCAUCUGGUGCAGUCUUACUUACCUUCGUUACUUAUCGUGGUCAUCUCCUGGGUUUCAUUCUGGCUCGAUGUGGACGCUAUUCCCGCUAGAGUCACCCUCGGCGUCACCACCCUUCUAACCAUCUCUGCUGAAAGCACGGAUAAACAGGCUGCCUUGGCGCCAGUCUCAUACGUGAAGGCACUAGAUAUCUGGAUGGCAGCCUGUACAAUGUUCGUAUUCUGUGCUUUACUUGAAUUUACGGCGGUGAGCUAUUUGGCGCGAUUGCGAAGUCGAGAGGAACGACCUUCACCCAUCGUGCCCGAUGACGUUGCACAUUUCACGGGUUAAGGACGCGAACACAACCUAGCCGCAAGCAACAGGAGAAACGAGGAAAGCUAUGCGUUCUACGACACACAGAACAGUACCUGAAUUAGGUUAUCUGAUGAGCUACGUCGAUUAUAUAAUAUGCCUGUACAAUACAAUACGAUUCUCAUGUUGUCCCUUGAGUCAGGCGAAAUUAUACAGCAUAUUAGCGGUGUGUUUAUGUGACAUAUCCACAUGAAGGUUAUUUACUGAAACUCUGAAAAAGGCAAAAUAACUCGUAUUAGGAUUUUGCAGAUCCAUCAACAGCUUGGAAAUUUAUUUGGAAUUAGUACAUAUUUUUCCUCGCGUAAAUACGAUAUGUAUCGUUAUCUGGCAUUGUUAUUAUUGCCGUAGCGUUGCGUUACAGACCUCUCUGCAUAAGGACCCCACGAGCUACCGCAAGUAACGAUUAAUGGCGAAGUACAAACGCAUUUACCGUUUCACAUAUAAUUUGCACACCAGCUUCGUAUUUGUUAUCAAUCGUUUAGUAACAGUAUGCAAUUUCUUCAUUGCCGAUAUCUUUGUAAUUUUGUUCAAUUGUCCAUAUGGAGCGCGUAGCACGAAAAAGAACCAGCGGUAUCUACCUGUCAACCAGAGACGCUGUUAUUUGUAUAAAUGCAAAUUGCGAUAACAUCCAUAUUAUUUUAAUUUCAAAGCAAUCAUUAUCGUUCUCGUAAUGGUACAGUGCUAACGUAUACGCCUUUUACGCCUAAAGAAGCGUGAGAUAAACUAGGUUAGAAAGCGGACGCGACUAGCCCUCUAAAGCAAUGCUCGAAGUAUUUAUUUGUAAGCUUGAAACUAUAUAAGAUAGAUUAAAUCUGAUGAUAUUCCAUCUAUGACUAUAAA